AUGCAGGUGUGUGCAGGUGUGUGUCUUCUCCUGUGUCUGCUCUGUUCUGACGUCGUCCUGGCUGAGAGUAACGGUGUGGACAUCAACACUCUCAGGAAAAUCAUUGACUACUUCCAAGCCAAGUUCAGUCCUGGUGAAAAUAAGCCUUACGGCGUGGCCAUAAAUGUCCACCAGGAUUACUGCUCCUCGAAGUUCGACUCCAUCCAGGACAGGUUCCUCCCCAACGACACUCAGCAGGCGGUCCAGAAGGGCCUGAAGAAAAGCUUCUACAAAGGCCAGGAGCUCAUGGCAGCCAAGACGGUGGCCAUGAAGGUCCAAAAGCUCAGCGUCCGUGCCGAGUACAUCCUGCUGUACCCGCCCAACCCCAGCAAGUCCCCCUUGCAGGUUCUGCUGGACAGAACUGAACCGGACAGCUGCGUCGUGUUCUACACCCUCACGGCCCCCUGCGUGAGGACCUGUGCCAACGUCAACGGCCCCUACAGCCUCCUUCCGGGCCUGGACCUGCUCACCAAGUACCAGGGCCCCAAGGCCUUUGUGUUCUCACAGCCCUGGAACGGUGACGAGGAUGCUUCCGGAAGCUUGAAGGAGAUUGACCAGCAUGUGCCCCUCUAUCGUUGCACGCAUCAGUGUGUCGCCUGCAGGGGUAGUCAGGGAGAUGACCCCAUCAACAAGGAGUGCAUUAAUUAACACAAUAUCGCCCACAUCACCAAGGACUGCAUUCACUAACACAAGAUCACCCAAGACUGCAUUAACUAAAACAGGGUGACCCACAUCACCAUAGGCUAACACAAGUCAACUCACAAUGAUGUUGACAAGAGACUGUAUUUUGGGGUGGCCAUACAAAUAAUUUUAUACAUUUUCAUAUCUGUAUAUAGCAACAUAUAUAUACAUAUGCUUAAUUGUCUGGGUACUUUGUAAUAGUACUCAUAUAGAAUCAUAAUAGAAUCAUUUCUUGAGUGCAACAGAAUAAAACUGUCCCUGAUUGCGAAAUUCCUUUGCAAAACUGUUAACUUAUGAGUUAACUUUCUGAUCUGCACCACUGGAGAACACCGGUGCUCAAUAAAAGAUUCUUGCUUGUUUGUCAGUUUGACACUGUUGUCAGUUCGACACUGGUGUACAGUGGUGGGAGGUGUGACGUGAGUGGUGCGUAUGUUAUUUCUAAGAGUAAGCAUUUAAAAGCCCACAGAUGACCUCACUUCACACAUAGAAUGGCCAUUCUAAGUCCCCUAUUCAUCAUCACUGACAACCUGAGGAAGUUCAGCUCGACUACAACUCUCAAUAUCCCGAUUUUGACAUCCAACACUGGCACCUUCAACAACCUGGCAAGUCCCCACUCUCUGUCUGUCUGUAUGU